AGCUGACUGGACUGGUUCACCUCACCUGUAACGCUGUGAACAUGGCGUCAGUGUACCCCAGUUCCCGCCUCAACAAAGCCGUGCGGCAGUACUACCUGAGCCUGCCUCAGAGAGGCAAGUGCCAGGUCACCUACAUCUGGAUCGACGGCACCGGACAGGGGCUCCGCAACAAGACCAGGACUCUGGACGAAGAGCCGUCCAGCAUUGAAGAUGUCCCUGAGUGGAACUUUGAUGGUUCGAGCACCUACCAGUCGGAGGGCUCCAACAGCGACAUGUACCUCAUCCCAGUGCGCAUGUUCAGGGAUCCCUUCACCCUCGACCCCAACAAGCUAGUCCUCUGCGAGGUCCUCAAGUACAACCGCCUUCCCGCUGAGACGAACCAGAGGCACAGCUGCACGAAGGUGAUGGAGGAGGUUAAAGAGCACUGCAUGUGGUUUGGCAUGGAGCAGGAGUACACGCUUUUAGGAAUGGACGGGCAUCCCUUUGGCUGGCCUACUAAUGGCUACCCAGCACCCCAAGGUCCUUUCUACUGUGGAGUGGGGGCAAACAAUGCUUAUGGACGAGACAUUGUAGAGUGCCACUACAAGGCCUGCCUCUACGCCGGGGUGAAGAUCUGUGGAACGAAUGCUGAAGUUAUGCCAUCUCAGUGGGAGUUUCAGGUGGGUCCCUGCGAGGGCAUCGAGAUGGGAGACCACCUGUGGGUGGCUCGCUUCCUCCUUCACCGGGUGUGCGAAGAUUUCGGGGUCGUGGUAACACUGGACCCCAAACCGAUGAAGGGCGACUGGAACGGCGCGGGAUGCCACACUAACGUCAGCACCAAACAGAUGAGAGAGGACGGGGGUCUGCAGUACAUCAUGGAGGCCAUUGAGAAGCUGGGCAAACGCCACAUGGAGCACAUCAGUGUGUACGACGCGUGUGGCGGUCAGGACAACAUGAGGCGUCUCACCGGGUUCCACGAAACCUCCACCAUCAGCGACUUCUCCAGCGGCGUGGCCAACCGUGCCGCCAGCAUCCGCAUCCCGCGCCAGGUAGCCCACGACAAGAAGGGCUACUUCGAGGACCGCCGGCCCGCCGCGAACUGCGACCCGUACGCGGUGACCAGGGCCAUCGCCGGAACCUGCCUGCUCGAACCGGAGGACGGAAACUAGAGACAGCAGAAUGAACGCAGUGUGAUAACCGCGUGUGCUUCUAGGAACCAAUCGUCAUUUCCUCAUUCUGAUGAGCUCUUACCUGUAGCCAGAAACUCCAGCCCAGUCCCCACCUCUGAUGUCCAUGUCAUUGCAGCCCCACGUGAGGAAACAUCAUCGUAAAGAAAGCUAAAUAACGUCAUUUUGGUCAUUUUUCAUUUCUUCUUUACAUGCAUUUGUAGGAUGAGCAUCAGAGCUGAAAAUUAAGGACCGUUUUUGUUUCCAGCUGUAGAAUCAUAGUGCGGCUUCUCUAAAUCUUUUAGCACCAGCCCCUGAGUAAACUCAUCAUGGAUUUCAAGUCCAUUGUAGACUCGUGGUUUGUUGUCUUCUUUAGCAGUAGUUAAUAUUGUGCUCGUAUUGCUGCUCCUUUGAGUUUCUGUGUUUCCUGUUCCAUAAAAAAUGGACUUUCUGUCUCAAUACCUGCUGUGCCUGGUGAAACAGCCUCUUGUUGAUCCUCUUGUCUCCGCCUCGCUCCGUCUCCUCCCACUCCCACCAGUCCGGCACAUCUGAGGUUUUACAGCACGUUUUAAUAAAAGCUUCUGAUGCUAAUGGUGGGAACAUUACCGACUCAUUCAGCUGGAAAAAAGGGAUUUGUGUCUCAACGUAAAGAGGGAUGAAGCUCUCUCAUGUCUUUCUCAACAGAUCCAGAUGCAAACAUGUCUGCAGCGAUUCUCAAUUUUCAGGUGAAAGCGUCAAAUGUUAGAAGCGUCUCGGGUGUCCGGUCAAUCGAUGGCGGUGCACGGAGCCGCUGGUGAGGCAGCCGAAGGUGGAACUCUUCAGAAACGCUCCGACUUUGCCUCCAUGCGAACAGGAAGAAACACAGCUUACUGGAAACAGAUGGGCUCUGCUUAAUUUACAAUUUACUAAAUAAUUGUUUUAAAAAAGUAGCAGUUUCCUCUGUCCCCAUGGAGACAGAGUCAGGCCUUAACAUCGUAGUAAAUCUUCAAAAAAAUUAUAAAACAAACAGGAAGUCCACCUUGAGGAGGAGAGUAAUAGGAGCCAAAACCUGAAUCCAGUGAAGAUGCCGAGGAACAAACUCAAGAGAAACAUUCAGACUGAAGCAGCUCUGGAAGAAAAAUGAUCCAAAGCUCCUCAAGAGGAGGUUCCAACACUAAACAAAUCUGAAGAUUCACUUUUUCCACCAGAACAACCAAUGUUUGACAGAAUAGAGCUCAGACAUGUUAUGACUGUGUGGCGUUCGGUUAAGAACGUGAUGUUUGUACUCGUGAUUAUAUGCAGACAGAAUCACAUUUCAUGAUCCAAUGUUAAAUUUCAAAGCACUGUAAAUACUUCUUCUUGAGAUGCUAUACCCUGUGCCGAGAAAUGAUUUUCAUGUCAUUUCAAGGUUUGGAAUUCAACUGGGGGAACACAACGUCACCACAUGAAAAGGUGAUGCAAGUAGAAUAAUUUCACUUGUCCUGUAAAACAUCAGUGAACAUGUUGUACCAGAUAGUUCUGUCUAAUCUUCUGCAGUUUGUUUUCCACACAGUUCUUUACUUUAUCAUUAAUCUUUCAUUGUGCAAUUUCUCCCCCACAUUGUUUUAAAUAUUUUCUCUUUUCUGAUCAUCUGAAGUGCUGACUGUGCAAGAAAGUUAGAACUCCAAUAGAGACUGCUUGAUUUUCAUCUACAGACACGCCGAACAGGUUUUAAUUGACAAGCUUACGUUUACUGUCACUUGUUUUGGAGGCAUUAACCAUCGACUGGAAACAGAUGUUUCUCUCUUAAAUUAAUAAUAGCUCUUCAAUCAGGGAAGAAAUGAAGUCUUUAUUUUAUGGCAUAGAUGAUCGUGAUGGAAAGGAUUUCUUUGCCCAGGUGACUUCAGAUUGAAUUAAUUUUCAUUCAAAAAAGCCAAAAUCCUGAAUAACUGACGGGCCUGAAGGCUUUUAAUCCGUCUGAGGCUCAAAUCUUAAUCCAAGUUAACGUCUGACAUACUUAGUCCCACUGGGAUGGGUGGAGAUUAUUAAUCCUGGUCACAGUUGAACAUGGAGGGAUAAUGAGCGAACCGACGCACUCCUGCCAAAUAAACACUCCAGCCACCGUCUCGACCCACUUUUCUCAGACGCCUAAACCCCGACCCUCCUCCACUCUGUUUGUUUGAAGCUCAUCAUGUGCGAAAUGUCCACAAAUAAGAUCAAAUGGCAAAUCAAACAGAACCUGUUUGAGGUUCUGUCUAAAUAUGUAAAAACAUCUUUUCCUUCUUUAAGCUGCAUUU